CGCAGGCGUUGUUUUGGAGGAGGAAGUGAAAGGGGAAGAGAGACGCUGGGGAUAGCAGACAAGCCUUGAAGCAAAGUGCCAAAUUUACACACCGGCUGUAGAUAAUCUGCAUCGUCAAUUUACGACAAGGGUAUUGUUAGUGUUCACGCAACGGGCAACGUAUUUCUCUAAGAAUUUGAAACGUGGUAUCGCCAAAUUAACGCUAGCUAACGAGUUAAGUGACAGCGAGCUAGCUAGCUAGCUAACGUAACGCCUAGUUAGCCAAUCACGCUAACCGUCCUGCACAACAACAACUAGUCAGCGCGCAGCCUGCUCGAGUCCCGUCAAGAAGUCGAAGCUGUGGAAAAAUGACGUCCAGGAAGAAAGUGCUCCUGAAAGUCAUCAUCCUGGGAGAUUCCGGUGUUGGAAAGACCUCCCUAAUGAACCAGUAUGUGAACAAGAAGUUUAGUAACCAGUACAAAGCUACAAUAGGAGCAGACUUCCUCACCAAGGAGGUGAUGGUGGACGACCGACUCGUUACAAUGCAGAUCUGGGACACAGCUGGCCAGGAGAGGUUCCAGUCUUUGGGCGUUGCGUUCUAUCGUGGAGCCGACUGCUGUGUGCUGGUGUUUGACGUGACUGCACCCAACACCUUCAAGACACUCGACAGCUGGAGGGAUGAGUUCCUGAUCCAGGCCAGCCCUCGGGAUCCCGAGAACUUCCCCUUUGUGGUGCUCGGCAACAAGAUUGACUUGGAGAACAGACAGGUAACCACCAAAAGGGCUCAGGCUUGGUGUCAGAGUAAGAACAACAUCCCCUACUUUGAGACCAGUGCCAAAGAAGCCAUAAAUGUAGAACAGGCAUUCCAGACAAUUGCACGCAACGCCCUCAAACAAGAGACAGAGGUGGAGCUGUACAAUGAAUUCCCAGAGCCUAUAAAACUGGAUAGGAAUGACAGAGCUAAACCUUCAGCAGAAAGCUGCAGCUGCUAAGGGACAACUUGGACCAUCUUCUCUCUUGGCUUUCUGAAACACCCCGUCACCGGUUCCAUCACCUGCACCUCGCUUCCGGGGAGAAGACUCCCCUACUGGUCUUCCUCCUUCACGCCACUGUUCAUUCCAUCGACACAAACCCUCACGCAGUACACAAAUUAAUACACUAGCUGAUAAAUCCAGUGCCCAAAGAUCACACGAGAGAAGAAUGACACCCCUUCUGACCACAGAGUCCCUGACUUGAUAGUGAGUGAUCUCCUGUCCCGCCCACCCAUUUUUCUGACUUUGGCCCCUGACACUCACGCCGAGGGGGAAAGAUGGAGCCAUGUUCACAGAGUGCAACCGGAAACUCUAGAUCGACUUGCUGAAGCUCUGUAAUGUGAGAUGAUGUUGGCUAAUGUCGGCAUCCUAAGUAUCUUAUUCACUCUUUCUGCUUUCUAUUGCCAAUCUGUCAAAACAUAAUUGCGUUGAACUAUAUAUAUAUAUAUUAAUUGGCUGAUGUUAUUUCCCUAGCUUGAAACACAAACUUGUUUUUUUGCACUUUCUUUUUAUGUUUUUUGCCUUUAAAUAUUAUAGAGGGAUGACUGAUUUUGGGCAACGUCUGCUACACACGCGCAAGCUUCAAAUGAUACCUCCUCACUUGUUUUCCCUGUCAAAUAUGUCCCCUGAGAAUCUGUUGGAACACUAUGGUGAUUGUACUGCCUUUUCCCUUCAAGUGAGUGUGUUAAUGGGUUUAUACCUGCCUCACACUGCAGAAGAAAUGUUCCUAAGUAGACAUUAAGUAAAAGCUGAUACCGCAGACACAGUGUAAAACAUGGAUUCAUUCCUUGAUAUAUUAAUAUUUGCCUUUUAUGUAACAUUACUUGUACUGCUACUAUUACUGCUGUAUGUGUUCUGUUCUUCAUCAGACAUCUUUUAACGCUAUGGAAUUACAAUACGUGUCACCAACACAGCAUACACCUGUCUUCUGUCAUGUCUUUGUUAUUGCUGUUCUCUCUAUCUGCUUGUAGCUCAGGUUGGCUAAGUACUUCAUAUUUUUAACGGAUUGUUCAUUACGGUGUAUAGAUGGUAAAUGGCAGAUGGAUCCAACUGAAAUGGACGUUCUCUCUUCCAUUUAAAGAAAUGAUCGAACAUCUUGCCCUGGUAUUACUCUUUCUCCUUAUAGAAAAAAAAAAAUCACUGCAAUGCCAAUGAUGUUGUCAAAGAAAAUUGGGACGUCAAAUAAAACUCUUGAAUAUAUCAA